AUGUCUUCAGAUAAUGAUCAUUUAUUACAAUUUGUAGCAUUUUCUUCAGCAGUUGAGGCAACAUUUUGGCAUAAUUUAUCCACAAGGAAAAUUGAUUUAUACAAAUUAGAUGAUGCACCGCAAACCAUCUUGGGAUAUUAUUCAACAAGUCAUAGAAUAACUUCUUCUCAACAUACCUCUAGCAAUAAUAACGCUGAAUCAAAUGUUUAUAUUCCGGCUCGCUUAUGUCUUGGAACUGGAGCUUUUGAAGAAGAAUUGAAUAAAGACAAAGAUGAUGAUAAAAAAUAUCUUUCUUUUUCACGUUUGCCUCCAUAUUCUUAUCCUUCAAUUGGUAUAAUAAAAAAUACUAACACAAUUGAAGAAUUUAAACAAUUGGAUAAAAAUUCUUUGUUCAAAGAGACUGCAGAACAAUAUCACUAUUGGUUUGGAUUUCCUGCUUUAUUAACUGAACCACCAUGGGUUAUUUCUAAUAAUGGAAAAGUUGAUAGCAUUGAUCAAGUUUGGGAGCAACAACAAUAUGCUGGAAAUGUAGGAUUUUUCCUUGUUAAAAAACUUGACAACAAAGAAAUUGUAAUUGGUAGUUUAUCAGAUUGGAAUAGUUUCUAUAAAGAAUAUGAUGAAAAUGAGAGGAUGAUUGGAUUUGCUGAUCCAUCAGGUUUACCAACAAACCCUGGAUGGCCGUUACGUAAUUUAUUGGUUCUAGCACGCUAUCAAUGGAAUAUUAAUAAAAUAAAGGUUUUAUGUUAUAGAGAAGUUCCAGGGAAAAAAGAUAUUUCACAAACUCGCAUUCUGACAGUUGAAAUACCCGACACUGCAAAAAUUCUUGAUGCAUGUCCAAAAUCUGUUGGUUGGGAAAAAAACCCACAAGGAAAACUUGGUCAUCGAAUAGCAGAUUUAGCUCCUUUAAUGGAUCCUGAAAGGUUAUUAUAA